GUUCAGGGUUGCAUUUGUCUGGGAGUGAAAGCUGGUGUGAUUGUGUGUGUCUGAGGUUGUCCAGAUGGCUCUGCAAUGUGUUCCUGUAGCUCAGACAGAGUUAGAAACGCCAAGGUCAUGCAAACAUCCAACUUCAAAAUGUUCUCCCAGCAAAGGUGACCAAGCAAACGACAGAACGUGCAUUCAUUCAAUAAAAAUAUGGAAGACCCUGGUGGCCUUUGUUAGACUAGUACAAAAAGAAGAUGGGAGACGACAACAUUAGCACCUCAACAUGGACUCCAGGGCAUAUAUCGGAUAACCCGCUUGAUGUUAUACCGAAUUACGAUACUCCUCUGGAUUACGAGAUUCCAGUAGAGGAGAUCCCCGACACGACUCAGGGACAAGCAUUUUUCGUGGCAACGAUUGUCAUCGCUGUGGUCCUGGUUUGCAUCAUGCUGGUGUGUGGCGUUGGGAAUUGCCUCUUUAUCGCCACAUUGGCACGAUACAAAAAACUCAGAAAUCUGACCAAUUUGCUCAUCGCCAAUUUGGCAAUAUCAGACUUCCUGGUGGCGACUGUGUGCUGUCCGUUUUUGGUGGAUUAUUACGUGGUGAAACGGCUGUCGUGGAAUCAUGGGAUUGUGCUCUGUGUCUCAAUUAACUACCUGAGGACCGUGUCUCUGUAUGUGUCCACCAAUGCCCUGCUAGCCAUUGCUGUGGACAGAUACAUGGCUAUCGUUCAUCCCCUGAAGCCCCGAAUGAAGUUUCAAACGGCCUACUGGCUAAUCUUUGGGGUUUGGAUAAUCCCCAUCCUCAUCUCCGUACCCUCAGCGUACUUUGCUACGGAACGCGAGUACCCGCACGGCGCGCAAACCCAUGACAAAAAGAUCUUCUGCGCGCAGAUCUGGUCCGCAGACCAACAAUUUAUUUAUCGUUCCUACUUCCUGUUUGUAUUCAUUGUGGAGUUUUUGGGACCCGUGGUCACCAUGGCGAUCUGUUACGCACGCAUAUCCAAGGAGCUGUGGUUUAAGAACGUCCCAGGGUUUCCGACGGAACAGCUGCGCAGGCGGCUGCGUCGCCGUCGCAGAACGGUCGUUGCACUGAUCGCCGUGUUGGUGGCGUACGUUUUGUGCUGGGCACCGUAUUAUAGUUUCACCCUCCUUCGGGAUUUCUACCCUGCGCUGAUUACUCGUGGCCGUAACUCGCUGGUGGUUUUCUACAUCAUUGAGUGUAUUGCUAUGAGCAAUGGGGUCAUCAACACUCUUUGCUUCGUGUGCGUCAGGAACAAAACCCCAAAAUGCUUUAUGGCCGUGAAACUAGCUAACUGGCGCUCGCUCACCAGGGUGAUUGUUGGUAAAAUGACAGAGGACGACAUCAGGACUUCAUCAUUGCGAGUGACAGAGGAAAUGGAGUGUACACGAAUCAAGUAAAACAAAGGUGGAAGGCCUAACAGCAAGGGCGUAGCAGCAAUUUUAACUCUUGUUUUUUUUUGUUGCACUGGUUCCAUCUAAAUUUUUAAACUUUUUAUUCUGUGACAACUUACAUUUUGUGAUGGUUGAUGAAGUUGUGUACAUUUUAGAAAGCAAAAAGGUUCUAUCUAAGUCAAAUGGAAUGCAAAACUUAGAAGCUCAAUAUCUCAAAACUGCUCAGAAUGCAGAUAGAACCUUAUAAUUUUAAGGCGACGAACUGUAUCGCUACAUUUAGCAGCUAGCGACAAUAGCAACUUUUUGGAUAGCUGUGUCCCCAGUGUCGAGUGAGAUGUACAAAACAGAUUUUUAAAGGGCUAAAUCCGUAUAAUUUGACAUGAUGACAUCAUGUAUAUGCUAACUAGCGCCUGCUGUCAUCUGGCAACAUUUAGCGACUCUCCAAGCAGGUUUCUUAAGUAUUUUCCAUGGAAAAUCGUUGGGUGAUCACAA